AGAAGAAGAAGAAGAAGAGAGCUUAAAUGGUAGAGCAUUAUUAACGAAGAUUCGCAUACGUUUCCUUUCAACCUUUCUCUCUCUCUCUCUUCUUUUCCUUUUCUCUUUCCCCUCGGAUUCUGCCUACAGCAGGAGAAAUUUGUUCAUUUCGAAACCAUUUUUUUCCAUCUCCUUCCGAAUCUGCUUUUAGUUUUACUCUGAAAGAAGAAGCAAUAAAUGCACUCUAGAUACAUGAUGGACAGAUCAAAUCUCACUACUACUACUCUUGCUAGAGACAAACGUUCUCUGGAUUCGACUUCAACAGACGAAGGCCAACGCGAACCAAAGAGGCCAGCUCUAGCUAGUGUCAUAGUCGAAGCUCUUAAGGUUGAUAGUUUGCAGAAGCUUUGUUCCUCGUUGGAGCCUAUACUUCGCAGAGUUGUCAGUGAAGAGGUGGAGAGAGCUUUGGCAAAGUUAUGUCCAGUCAGACAUAACCCGAGAGCUUCACCAAAACGUAUACAGGGACUAGAUGGGAGAAACUUGCAGUUACAGUUCAGGUCAAGGUUAUCUUUACCUCUUUUUACUGGUGGGAAAGUGGAAGCAGAGCAGGGUUUGGCUAUUCACAUUGUUCUUAUUGAUGGAAAUACUGGCCAAGUUGUUAAGUCUGGUGAGGAAUCUUGUGCGAAACUGGAUAUUGUAGUGCUUGAGGGCGAUUUCAACGAUGAAGAUGACCAUGGUUGGAGUCAGGAUGAUUUUGACUCUCAUAUUGUGAAGGAACGUGAAGGGAAAAGACCCCUUUUAACUGGUGAAUUGCAAGUGGUACUCGUGGAAGGUGUUGGGACUUUAGGAGAUAUGUCGUUUACGGAUAAUUCGAGCUGGAUAAGGAGCAGGAAGUUCAGAUUGGGUCUGAAAGUUUCUUCGGGAUGUUGUGAGGGUGUUCGCAUUCGUGAGGCUAAAACAGAUGCGUUUACUGUCAAGGACCAUAGAGGAGAAUUAUACAAGAAGCAUUAUCCACCAGCACUCACAGAUGAAGUUUGGAGACUAGAGAAGAUUGGGAAGGAUGGAUCAUUUCACAGGAGGCUCAAUAAGGCUGGAGUUCGCACUGUGGAAGAUUUUCUUCGACUUGUGGUUAGAGAUGCUCAAAGACUAAGAAAUAUUCUGGGAAGUGGUAUGUCAAACAAGAUGUGGGAUCUCCUGGUGGAGCAUGCGAAGACUUGUGUUCUAAGUGAUAAGCUCUAUGUUUACUACCCAGACGACGUGAAGAACAUUGGUGUCGUCUUCAAUAACAUCUAUGAAUUUAGUGGCUUAAUUGCAGGCACAGAAUAUCACUCAGCUGACUCCCUUUCAGAAACUCAGAAGGUUUAUGUGGAUACCUUGGUGAAAAAGGCAUAUGAAAAUUGGAUGCAUGUUAUAGAAUAUGACAGCAAGUCUCUAGAGAACUUGAAGGAAAACAAGAGCAUAGAAGCAACAGCUCCAAACAAUGUCACAAUGAUGCCACAAGACUACUCAAACUCCUUCGAAUCUCAAUCCGCACUUCCAAGUUUUUCAGCUUCCAUCCCUUCUCAGAUGCCAAUGAAUCCGCUUCUUCCGUUGGUUGGACAAGACACUCAAUAUCCCAACGUUCCUCAAAGUGUAAACAUCAGCAGUUCUAUUCCAUUCGACUCAAAUCCAUACCCAUUACACAAUCAGAUAAUGACUCAAGUGGAACCCCAACAUCCAAUUAACGAGGAUCUGUUGUCGAAUUUCGGCCCUUAUAGUAACUACGACGACUUCAAUAUCUCAGAGGAGGAGAUUCGCAUGAGAAGUCACGAGAUGCUAGAAAACGGAGACAUGCAGCAUUUACUUAGAAUCUUCAACAUGGGUGGUACUACUACUGGUCUAGGCCAAAGCUCCAUUAAUGGAUCUGAUUCUAACAACUACCCAUUUAACACUCCGGCUGCAUAUAAUCCGAACUCGACCUUCGGCUACGGGCUUGUCGACGAUCAGGGUCCUCCUUCAGGCAACGCGGUUCUAGGUUGGCUGAAGCUCAAGGCUGCACUAAGAUGGGGGAUUUUCGUAAGGAAGAAAGCAGCUGAGAGACGGGCACAACUUGUUGAUCUUGAUGAUUACUGAGUCUGGUAACUUCUCAACUCCACGUCUAGUUUACUAAUACUAAUAACUGCCACAAGUGUUCCGACAUCUGUGGAAGUUGUUCUGGUUCUGAAUCUAGUGAUAAUUAUAUAUGUAUUGUAUCCUAUUGUGUUUUUUCUUGAUUUUAUGUUUUUUGUUUAUUAGUGGAGAUUAAAUUGUUAGCACGUAAUGGUUAUAUAUAUAUAUAUAUGUGAUAGUUUAAUAAUGGUUGUUGUUUUAUGUUGUUGUUGUGAGUUAAACCCUUGUCUUUUGACAUUUAGAAGAAUAAAUUAAAAUUAUUUCUGUAUUAUUCUAUGUAUGUUCUUGUUCCUAAUUUAAUGUGAAAUUAUUCGUCAAGUGAUGAU